GCGCGCCCCAGCCUCUGCUGCACUCCUUUGGCCGGAUACACCGUUCAGCCACGAUAUACCUCAGCACAUACUCCACACAGUCCUCGCGCCAUGUCGUCUUCCGUGUGGAAUCCCGACAACGUGCGCGACGUCGCCGAGUCGGUGGGCAUCGCCUCACUGGCCGACAACGUAGUUGAGGAGCUGGCCCGCGACGUCGACUACCGCCUGGCCCAGGUCCUGGAGGAGGCCCUGAAGUUCAUGCGGCAUGGCAAACGGACAACGCUUAGCACGCACGACAUAUCCCAUGCCUUGAAGGUGCUCAACGUGGAGCCGCUGUACGGCUACGAAUCCACUCGCCCGCUUCGCUUCGGCGAGGCUUCGCUGGGGCCUGGCCAGCCGCUGUACUAUGUCGAGGAUGAGGAGGUCGACUUUGAGAAGCUCAUCAACGCCCCGCUGCCCAAGGUGCCGCGGGAAAUAACCUUUACUGCACACUGGCUCGCUGUCGAAGGUGUGCAACCCUCCAUACCCCAGAAUCCCACGGCAAGCAACCAGGCCGAUCUGCUGCCCAAGGGCCCCAAUGCGAACCCCCACCUUGCCGCUGCCAACGGCCUGGACAACUACACCGUCAAACCUCUCGUGAAACACGUCCUGUCCAAAGAAUCCCAAGAGCUAUUUGCCAAGCUUUCCAGUGCUCUGCUCGACGAGAACAACCAGGAGUGGCAGAACGCCGCUUUGGCUUCCAUACAAAGCGACCCCGGCAUCCACCAACUUACCACAUAUCUCAUUACGUUCAUAUCUGAGAAGGUCACUCAUAGUAUGAAGAACCUCACUGUACUCAGGGCUAUGCUACUCGCCACCGACAGAUUACUGGCAAACCCUACCAUCUACCUCGACCCAUAUAUCCCUUACAUGGUCCCUCCGGUACUUACGUGUUGUCUGGGUAAGCAUAUCGGCCCAACGUCACAUCAAGCACCCUCGAACGCCUCCUCCGAGACAUUGAAUGGGAACAAUAUUAACGGGCAUGCACGCCACAAUUUCGAACAUUUCGACCUGCGCAAGAUUGCCGCGUCUCUGCUCCAACAAAUGUGCCGGAAGUACUCAGCUUCUAAUCAAGGUCUGAAGACGCGCAUUGCCCGCUCAUGUCUGAAGGCCUUCCUAGACCCCAACAAACCGCUCGGCACUCACUAUGGUGCCCUGGAAACACUCCGACGUGUUCUCGGUGCCGAUGGUGUCAGGAUAGGCAUACUUCCCAACUUGAAAAUUUACGACGAGGUACUCAAGGAGGCUUUGGCGGAUGAUUCGCGGAAGGAAGAAGCAAGGCGCGUCUUAGCCACAAUUUUGGUAUGCCUUGAUGACAUGGAACGAAGUCGAGGCGCCAUGAGAGCCAAUGGUGUUGCGAACCUUGAGAACCAAAGAGACCGUCUAGCGGAAAAGGUUGGAGGCGAGGUCGCCGACCACAUCAUAAAGAGCAACCGGACAGCAGUAGCGCAGGCGAUAUUGGAAGCGGAUUUAAGCAUGGCCUGAGUUGCGUAAGUGCUGCAACGGUACUUCGGGUAUCGGCGCUCUCCGACAAUGACGGCCAACUUUCAUCGGCUCAAACUUGCAUUUGGUCACAGAUUUUGGGACAAAACAUGUGGCCAUGGGAGUCCUCGGCGUUGGGUAGGGUCAAGAUACCAUUUCAUUAUAUAGGCU